AUGGGGUUUGGUUCUAGAUGGAGGAAAUGGAUCAAGUUUUGCAUCUCUUCAGCAUCCAUAUUCGUGCUUGUUAAUGAUGGGAAUAUUGAAGCUGUAAAAAACACAAAAAGACUACUUAGAAUUUUUGAAAUCGCUUCAGGUCUCAGUCUUAACUUGAGAAAAUCGAAAUUAUUGGGAGUUAAUAUUGAUGAAAGAUUUAUCUCGAUAUGGGCUGAGGAUAUCCAGUGUGGGUGGGAACGAGUUCCGUCGAAUUAUUUUGGGCUGCCAAUUGGUUAUUCUAGAAACUCAGUGGAUUUAUGGAAGUCGAUUGUUGAUAAAUUCCACGCCAGACUUGAUGGGUGGAAAAGUAAGUUGCUAUCGUUUGGUGGAAGGUUAACACUGGUAAGGUCGACUCUUUCGAAUCUCCCGGUUUAUUACUUGUCGUUGUUUCAAAUGUCGGCUGCUGUGGCAUAUAAGCUUAAUAGUCUUGUUGCUAACUUCCUUUGA